AUGUUGCCCUUCAUUCAUAAGCCUUUCGAGCUUCUUGCUUCUCGCAUCGGCGCAUCUCCAGACGAACUCAAGCUCGUCUUUUCGUUCCUCAUAUCAUAUCCGUUAGCCGGCUUGCUCAAACGAGUUCCCGACUCCAGGCCUGACCUCAAAAACCUCUUCAUAAUAAGCACCUCUACUUUCUAUCUGGUCGGGCUUUUCGAUUUGUGGGAUGGAGUACGCACCCUUGCUAUCGCCUCUGCCGGCAUCUACAGCAUUGCGAAGUAUAUGCGUACCAGCCCAUUCAUGCCAUGGGUCGGCUUCACAUUUCUCAUGGGCCACAUGUCCAUAAGUCACAUCGCUCGUCAGGUGGCCAAUAGCCCGUCUUCCGUCGAUAUCACUGGCGCCCAGAUGGUGCUUUUGAUGAAGCUUAGCGGUUUCUGCUGGAACGUCGCGGACGGUCAGCUCCCGGACGACCAGGUAUCCGAGUACCAGAAAGAGAGAAGACUGAUCGAGCUACCCAGUAUGAUGGACUAUGCUGGAUACGUACUCUUCUUUCCUUCGCUCUUCGCCGGACCUGCUUUUGACUACACCGACUAUCGCAAAUGGAUAGACACUACAAUGUUUGACCUUCCGGCCCAAGUCGACCCCUCAAAGAAGCCUCCUGUCAGGAAGAAGAGGAAGAUCCCUCGCAGUGGGACACCUGCUACUUUGAAAGCGGCCAGUGGUCUGGGGUGGAUUGCACUUUUCAUGAUUCUCUCUGGUUACUACCCAAUCACCUACUUAACGAGUCCUUCGUAUAUGGAUCAUGGGUUCUUCCACAGGGUAUGGAUUCUUCACAUGGUCGGAUUUACCGCUCGUUUGAAAUACUAUGGAGUUUGGUGCCUGACCGAGGGCGCUUGUAUUUUGGCCGGCCUGGGCUAUAACGGUGUUGAUCCUGUCACCGGUAAAGUAUCAUGGAACAGGUUACAAAACAUCAACCCCUGGGGCGUCGAGACAGCCCAGAACACGCGCGCCUACCUUGGCAACUGGAACAUCAACACCAAUAAUUGGUUGAGGAACUACGUAUACCUUCGGGUUACGCCUAUUGGGAAAAAGCCAGGAUUCCGUGCCAGCCUUCUCACAUUCAGUACUAGUGCCCUCUGGCACGGCUUUUAUCCUGGCUAUUACAUGAGCUUCAUCCUAGCCAGCUUCAUUCAAACUGUAGCCAAGAACUAUCGCCGCUACUUUCGCGCUUUUUUCCUCGACGCGGCCAGUGGUGCGCCUACUUCCAACAAGGUCUACUACGACGUCCUCUCGCUUUUCGUUACUCAAAUCGGCAUGUCCUUCGUUGUCACUCCAUUCCUUGUUCUAGAGUUCUCCGGCUCGGUCCAGGUCUGGGCUCGUGUUUACUUCUAUACCAUUGUCGGCACUGCGCUUUCCAUGGCCUUCUUUGCCUCUCCGGCAAAACAAAUCCUUCGCAAGCAACUCGAGGCACGUCAAGGCAAAGGCGGUGCCAAGCUGACCCGUACCUUGAGCCAAGACAGUCUUACAGGCCGGGAACCAGUCUUGGGCGUGUCGGCGGACCCUCAGCGAGAGAUCGACGAGGCCAUGGAGGAAAUCAAAGCCGAAGUGGAAGCCAGACAGAGAAGCAAAGCUACUUGA